GUAAAAGUUCGCGCAUGUGUAAAGCAAACCUUACCCUGCGAGUCAUCGCUGAGGGUUUAAAGCAUAUGUUUUUUGUUUCUGUUUCGUGUGCAGUCAUUUGGGUUGAUCUUUUUUUAUUACUUUAAUUUGCAGUCACUCUCCCCGUAGGAACAUUUCUAUGGGACAGCACUUAAUUGAGACUUCCAGUAAUGUCAGGUUGCUCGGUUAUCCCUCUGACGUUACCGCAGUGGGACGGGGGCGCGAGGAGGAUUCGUUUUAUUUACCUGGUGGGUCUGACAUCGUUCAGACUGACAGAGAGCACCAAACAGGGUUCAGUGAUUCCGCUGUAUUUGGGAGCCGAUCUCCUCUCAAAGACUGAUGUCCGUACAGAAAACCAUCCAAGACACCACGCCAAGUUUGCCAAGAAAGGCCUUGCAACAAAAAUAACUUUUUCCUCAGCUUUCAGGUUUCACGGCUUGAAGGUACCCUCUGCAAAUAACAGCCUGUGGUUCUACAGCAUUCAGGGACUUUUUCGAGUAGCCUUUGAGUUGUACAGUAAGCAAGAGCAGCUUGCUGUGCUGGAGAAUUUCCAGGAUGUCUGGAAAGCACAGAUCAGUGACAGCCCUCUGCAAGUGAGUUACAGCCUCAGCGUGCAGCUGGACCCUUCAGGGUCCCUCAGCCAGUGUGACUCACAAUCAAAGGGUGUAAUAUCACAGCCUCCUUAUUGCCAGGCUGACAAGGACGUGGUAGAUGUUAGUAGCAUGGACACUGCUGACACAUCAGCAGAUCAUGAUUAUUGUUCUCUUCCCAAGCAGAGCUUACAAUCUGAGCAAAGAGAAGUAGUGAUAUCAACAGUGAGACAAAAAUUGCACCGCUUGGAUGAACAGUUCUCCUCUGAGCCUCGAAGCUGCUCAGAGCAGCUGGAGACGGUCUUGCUGCUUUUGGAGAACAUCGAUCGCUACAUAAACGGGAGACUUGAAGAAAAAGAUGCGACGGAGAUUGUGCUGGCUCUGCUAAAGGCCAAAGACUGGGGCCCGGUGUAUUCAAGCAGCCUGCUCACUUGUAUAGGACGUUGGCUUGGCCAGCAGUUUCAUGCAGCCAACAGCAGCAUCAGCCAGAAGGUGGAGGGCUUUAAACUUCAGCACAUUGAGCGUAUCAGCGACCUGCCACCUGCUGAGGAACUAGCCACAGAGCUGUUCCCUGAAGCAAUGCGGACGCUGCUGCUUCACUGGAUGGGCUUAAGUGAGGACUUCAGCCUUGAAAAGAGACGCAGCGAGUACCCAAUUCUGCUCCUCAUCCUCGAGUUUGCCAACCACAACCUCAUCACUGGCGUAGCUCAUGUGUUGUACUCCAGUCUUAUAUGCAGGUAAAAGUGUCAACAUAAGACCUGUUUUUCAAUGGAACAACUUUUUAUAUUCAAAUAAAGGUUUAUUUUGUGCGUGUGUGUACAUUACUAUACAUAUGACUCCUCUUAGGUUGGGUAAGGUUCAGUAUUAGCAAAAACUUUUGUUACACAGUACCCUGCAAAGAUCUCCAGAUUCUCAUUUCUUAAUUUUGCUAGGAAAAGAGAUAUGGGUGGAGAUUGAUCAAAAUACAGUAUAUAAUAUGGAAAGAACAGUGGUUGAAAUCCAAACAAGCUUAAAGUCAAUAUCUGGUUGUGACCACCUUUAUUACUGUUCCAUUGUGUUUUUACUUUCUAGGUAUGUUUUUACUGCAUUGACAGUGUGCUUGGGGUCACUGUUAUGCUAAAAAAUAAAACCGCUGACCAUCAGACAUUUCCAGGUGGUAUUGAGUGGUGGAUCAAAAUCUGACUGUGCUUUUCUGGGUUCACAGUUAUAUCAGUUUUGA